UGUUUUCCCGCUCUAUAUUACGUUGUCUGGGUGCGCUUCUUUGCUUGCGCACCUCGAAACAGGGCUCUUCGUUUUUCGGAGUUGGAUGCAGUCUACAGCAGUCGUUUUGGUGAUGGUGACACAUGCAGGCGGUGGGUUGGUUUUCGUCAUGAAUUAUUGCUAUCACUGACGAUAGGAGGGGAGUUCGCCAAGGGGAUUUCGGCUGCAUCCGGGCGCCUACAGGUAGGUAUUUGGAAGAGCAAGAUUCGUGCGGACACAUAAAAAGUGGGUGCAGGACGAAGUUGUCCUCAGAAGCGUUCGGACAGCCAUGGGACUAGGGGAACCACCCGAGAUGACAAGACGAGUCUUUGAAGCCUUGUUUGGUACGUGGAGUCCUUCGAACGGAGAGAGCGGAAAGGGGGAGAGCGAGCCGAAAAGUGGAUGUAGUCUUUGCAUUGAACACAUAUUUGGCGGGUUGGCCAUUGAUGAGAGGGGUAAACCCUUACCGUGUAAUUAGAUGUCAUUGCUCGGGCGGCCCGAGCUCCAUCUCAAGCUCCUUGUUUUUUACCAGAUAGAGAGCGGGCUGGGGAAAGGAGGAGCUUGGCAAGCACGUACAUUCAUACAUAUACGUCGGGUAGAUUAUGCGGUUGUUUACACUCCGUAUGCAAGGCUGCUCUCUGACGUCAAGAUGACGAAUUGCAGGAAAUCUUCAAAUCGAAUACAUACGCGGUAAAAACU